GUGUGAGGAUCCGAUCUCAGAAUCGCAUUGACACCAUGCUGGCCACAGGUCUGAUUCUACUGACCACUCUGCUGCCUUCACUGGGGUUUUCUGCCCAAAACGAUUUCGGCAUCAUCAAUGGCAGAGAGGCUGUGCCACAUUCCAGGCCCUACAUGGUCUCCUUGCAAGUCGGGAGCCAUCACACCUGCGGAGGUUUCUUGGUGUCCAAGUCCUUCGUGAUGACUGCGGCACACUGCUUCACGUGGCAAGUCAAUCUGACUGCUGUGCUUGGUGCACAUGACAUUACCAAGAAAGAAAAUACGGUCAGAAUACCUGUGAAGUUUUACCACAUCCACCCUGGGUACGACCACAAAACUUUAGACAAUGAUAUUAUGCUACUGCAGCUGGAGAAGGCCGUUGAGUGGAGUAGGACGAUCCAGGAGAUUGCAAUCCCCAAGAAAGAUCAGGAAGUCAAGGGUGGGUCUCUGUGCAGCGUGGCUGGUUGGGGGCUAUCUGAAGAUGGCGGACGUGGCGAGCCACGUCUAAUGGAGGCCAACGUGACCACCGAAUCACACAAGGCAUGCAGAAGCGCAUGGAAAACUAUAUCAAACCGAAUGCUGUGUGCAGGGGGAAAUAAAGAUAGAAAGGGAAUCUGUCAGGGAGAUUCUGGAGGUCCGUUGGUGUGUAAGAAGAAAGCCUUGGGGAUCGUGUCAUUCUACCAGCAUAAAAAAUGCAACUCGCCCACAAUACCCAAUGUCUACACUCAAGUGUCCAAGUACUUAUCAUGGAUCAAAUGCAUCAUCAAAAGUGCCAUGUCUUCUGUACGCCUUGUUCUGCUCUCUGUUCUCCUGCCUACUCUGGUGCAUACUGACUCCUCCAGGGGAGAAAUCAUCAAUGGAAAGAAAGCAGUGAAGAAUUCUCUACAGUACAUGGCCUCCAUACAGCUGGAUGGAAAACAUUAUUGUGGAGGAUUUUUAAUUUCAGAAAAAUUCAUAUUGUCUGCAGCUCACUGUGACAAACCGGGCAACAUAAGUGUAAUUCUGGGUACUCAUAAUAUAAAAUCAAACCAGGGGAUCAGGGUCAGUGUAGUUAAAACCUACAAACCUACAGACUAUAAAGAUGCCGGUUCUGGUAACGACAUCAUGCUUCUGCAGUUGUCGAAACCCGUCAAAUACAGCAAAACGAUUAAACACGCGGCAAUCCCGACGACAGACAACACGAUAAAAGCAAACACUGCGUGCCACGUUGCUGGCUGGGGCUCCGUGAAAAUGCGAGGGGAGGCCGCUGACAUUCUUCAAGUUGCAGAAAUUGCCACUAUUGAUGUGAACGAGUGUCGGAAGCUAUGGAGAAAUCAGCGUAGAGAACUUCCAGCCAAAAUAAUCUGCGCUGGUGGAUACAAGACCAAGAGCGGAGCUUGCCAGGGGGACUCAGGGGGCCCCUUGGUGUGCAAUGGCAUGGCCCGGGGUAUCGUCUCAUUCAACUUCCAUAAAAACUGUGACUACCCAAACGUGCCCAACGUUUAUACCAAUGUCUCCAAGUUCUUACCCUGGAUAAGAAAAAUAAUUAAAAAUGCUUCAUAGUCUGACAUUUUCAUUUCAGGUAUUUUCAGGUAUACAUACAGACAUUGCAUUCAUUUUAUAUUCUACAGACAGCAUGAAUUUAUGCAACUAAUUGAGAAAGUAUAUAUUUUAAGUGAGUAAAUGAUUAAUUUAGCUUAGUACUCUCUGAAAAUGAUGAUGUUUGAGACAAUAUUGAUGUACAUAUUUUAUAAUGUUAAAAACUGCAAGAGUAAAACUAUAAAAUGAAGCUGCAUUUGUUUUA